AUGGUAAGAGAUCUCCUUGUUCCGGGGUGUAUUAAUAUCACAGAGCAGAAGGGCAGGGUCCAAAUUUUCUGGUCUGAGGAGCAAUUAUUGGUUUUCUUCAAAGGUUAUGACAAGGAUGGAGAUGGCAGACUUACCAAAGAUGAGUCCAAGGCAGCCUUCGAUAAACUUGGGUCGCGUUGCAGCACUUUCAGAACUUGGAGAGCACGAUGCCAUGCAGAUACCAACAGCAAAGACAGGUCCAUCCUCAACGUCGACGACCUUGUCAAAUAUGCCCUAAAACGUGGCUAUAAACUCUGA